GAGGAGGAGGAGGAGGAGGAGGAGGAGGAGGGUGGAGAAGUUGAAAAUCAGAAGCAAGAUAUGAAAUUGGACAAUGAGAAUAUAAUUCACCUCCAACCCAACCCUCCUGACAAACAUGCAAUCAAGUCUGCUGAUCUCCCUACUGCUACACAAGAACAUGCAAUCAAGUCUGCUGAUCUCCCUACUGCUACACAAGAACAGUCUGUAUCCAAGGGAAAUGCGCGUCUCACCAGGACUGAGGACCCUCAGAGACGAGAUGGCGGAGAAGAAGCCUUUGCUAAAGAACUACUAACUCUAAAACAAGAGAACCAUCAACUGAAAAUGAGACUUCAAGCUCUGGAAGCUUCGGAUGGAGAAACGAGGAGUUCUGUUAGCGAGAAAACACCGCCUGACUCUAUUGAAGAUCCUGACAGGACACCAGUAGAGGAGAGGGCAGAAAAUGACCUCACUUCCUAUCCCAUGGAACUCAAGGGAGAACGACUCAUCGAAGGAGUCAGUGACAUCACUCCCAGCCUGAAGUCUGCGCUGCAGGAUGAAGAGAAACCAAAGGACGAGAUGAGAGAGGACAGGAAGAUUCAGGGGGAGACGGAGUCUGAAGAAGAGAGUCAUUCAGACAUGAUGACUCGACCUCAGAUCAACUGCCUACAACAACAGGUGGUGGCACUGCAGGCCCAUCUGCAGAUCCUCUCUGAGGAGCACCAGAAGCAGGCGGAGGAGCUGGCUCUGUGGAGGCUGACCACCAAUGAGCUGACUCAGGUACAGAUGCCCUGGCUGAGCCAGGACCAGACCCAGGAACAGGCCCCCUGUCUGGGCCAGGAGGGUCAGCUGCUCCUGGGAGGCUCCCCCAGCUCUGUGACGGUGAUCAGAGAGGAUGAGCUGCUCCUCUCCUGCACUUCCAGCAGACUGUAUGGGCGGACCCUGGGCUCAAGAAUACAGCACUGCACUUCCCCUGAACACAGUCCCCUCCAGUCCUCUCCCAGAACGAGCUCCACUGGACCUCAGGGACAAAUGCAUCAGAGUCCUGAUGAAGAUGAAGCAAAUCACACCACGGCUGUUCCCAAAGAAGCUCGCUCCAGCUCAGGCCACCAGGUUAAAGCUUUAGGGCUUGCAGACACAGAUGAAUCAAGACCCAGAAGCCAGACCAAAGAAGUUGAACCCAGAGAGAAUGUGUCUCACCCUGCUUGUGACAUGGAGGCCCAUUCAACCCAAUCACUGUCCCUGGAGAACCAAACUGCACCUGACCAAUGUAACACUAAGCAGCAGGAGACAAUAUCAGUGUCCGAUUUAGUUGUUGAUGUCAACCACCUCUCCUCAAGUCACGGCAAACUCCUUCAAACUACAACUACCAUGGUCUCCACCUUAGAAAGCCAAACUACAGUGGAGCAGGUGCAUUUGGAGGGUCAAAGUUCUGAAUUGAGCAGAGGGAUCACACCCCAGAUCUCUACUUCAGUUUUUCCCUCAGGAAUGUCUGGCGAGAAAUAUCCAGCAGAGGGUGAGGGAGGUCAGGGGUCGAAGUUCACAAAGGCUGCCAAAAAGUCAGAUGCUUUAGAAAAAGUAAGCCAAAUGGAGGUGAGAAGCACUGCCAUUCAGACUGAGGAGGGCUCUGCCCCCACCCCCACCCCACAUGAACUACACCACACUUCCUCACAGACCGAGGAGGGCUCUGCCCCCACCCCACAUGAACUACACCACACUUCCUCACAGACCGAGGAGGGCUCUGCCACCACCCCCACCCCACAUGAACUACACCACACCUCCACACAGACCGAGGAAGAGGAGGAUGAGGAAGAGCUGGUGGACUCCCCUCCUCUGUCUCCCAUCACACCGGCUGAAGGCUGUGACCGACUGCUGUUCUCUGGUUCCUUCCCCAUCCCCUCUGACCCCGCCCGCCUGGCCGAACGCAUCCGCCGCAGCCGGAGCCAGAUGUCAGCGGCGUACGACGACACAGAGUACGAACCCUACGGCCUGCCUGAGGUCGUCAUGAAAGGGUUUGCCGACAUCCCCAGUGGGCCUGCCUGUCCCUACAUUGUGAGGAGGGGGCUUCUAGGUACACCAGCAGUGCCCCUCCCUCCAAAAGAGCCAGGGCCUAAAGAGGGGGGCAGGGGGAGGCCCAAGCAGCCUUAACACACUCACACAACACAGGCACAGCUCAACACAAAUUUCCAGAAGAAAAACUCUGGUUUCCUGAUCAUCAUCACUGCCUGGAGUGUGAGGAUAAAUGGUUGGAUGGAUGGAUGGAUGGAUGGUGGAUGGAUGGAUGAAUUGAAGAAAGAAUGAAUGAAUAUAGACGAUACUUCACAUGGUAUCAUGUGAAACGACUGCCUCUACUUUUCACUAGCUGCUAGAAUUGUGCUUUGACAGCCCCCUCUCCACACACACCCACCCACCAUUUUAAUAUCCACCUGCUUAGGUUUAGUGAUUUAUCUUGUGUUAGUUGCGGUUUGACGUUAAAGUCCCUGAAAACUUGAAUGUUUGUGCCAUUGCCUUAUUUAUUGACACGAGAAUGUGUUUGUCUAUGACUCUAUAAGCCCAAGUCUGUACAGCUGGGUAUGAGAAUGUGUACAUUUGCGUCAGAUUUGACAUCCAAUGUGUACGAAUGCGAGCCGGCGCAUGUGUUGUGUGUCCUCACUGUUUUCUUAAUGUGUGUGUGCGCAUGCACGUGUCCAUGACUAAGCCUAACCUGAGUUUGUUUCCGCUCCAUGUAUGGUCAUUAAGUGUGAGCGCUCUCUCUCUCUUUUUUGCUCUCUCACACUCUCUUGACAUAAUGCUUUAAUACUCAACUGCUUUGAAAUGACAGGAAAAACACAAGUUCUUGUGGGAUUUUCUUUUUUUUGUUGCUGCAAUGUACCGAUAUUUAGUGUGUUUAGUGCCUAUUUUGUUUUGUAGAUUAAAUUGCAUUUAAUUUAUUGAUUGAUGAAACUAUUUUUAUAACUUCGUUUUUUGUUGCGCAUGUUUUUGUGCUAUAAAUAAAUGUUAAGUUGAUUUCAUAGACUAGUUUUCCAUUAGUUUUUAUGUUUUACAGAUAACUUUCUGACCAAUGUGAUUAGCUGGUUUAAUUUUAAAGCUACUCUUUUUACUACUAGUGAUUCAUAGUUGAGCAUACUUGAAGUCGGUUUUGAAUGUUUUGUUUAAACUUGUAGAAUAACUCCUUUUUCAAACAAAUUGACACCCUGGACAAGGAAAUGUCCAUGUAAAUGUUUAGGGGGGAAGUUGAUUGAAAUGUAAACACAAAUCCCUUAACGGUGACUUUUAUUUCAUUCACUUUCAUUUUGAAGUAAAUAUCUGCUUUCUUUGAACUCUGGACUGUUACUGGGGUCUGUUUAAAUAUCCUGUAGAUGUUGCUUUUACCAUCCCCAGGUGACUCCCCAGGGUAAAUCGGAACUUAAAACCCAGGGACAUGGAAAGGAAGGAUUCGUGUUUUCAGUGUUAGAACAGGUCCUUUUGCUUCUGAUUUAAUAUUUAAUACUUUCUGAAAUUGACAGGGAAAUGUUCAUAUUUUGGUAAGAGCUUUCAGUUCGAGCAACACUGAGUUUCUUCUUCUGUUUGACACUUUUAUGUGAAUGUAUCUGUGUUGAUACUUGCACAUUAAAAUAGUUUAUCUCA